GCUUCAACGAGGAGGCAUAUUAUGGCGAUGUAUCGAACCGCAAUCGUCGGGGGUAGACGGGGUGUCCACCAUGCCCGAUGCUAUACUGGCAUUGAAAACAUGAAGGUGAUUGCUAUCUGUGAGAUUGACGAGGAACGGUUAAAAGAAGCGGUGGAAGAACUCAACGUUCCGGGGUACACAGAUUACGUCGAGAUGUUGGAGAAGGAGAAACCCGAUAUUGUCCAUGCCGUCACGGAACCGACGGUGCCACGGCAUAUCUGGGUAGAGCCUGCCGCCGAAGCGGGUGUUAAAGCAUUGGUGAUAGAAAAGCCGCUCGCUCUCAGACCCAGCGAAGCAGAAGCACUCGCCGCCGCGCACGAGAAAACGGGUUUGAAGAUUAUCGUCAAUCACCAACGGCGGUAUCUGCCGUUUGCUGAAAAACUAUUGGAGUUUUUUGCCGACGAUAGCCUCGGUGAUAUACACUUCAUCCGUGCCUGCACCGAAGGCGACAUUACCGAUAUGGAUACCCACUUGAUGGAUGUCGUGCUUUUUGCGCUUAAAGAUAUUCCCUUUACGCACGUGUGGGGUGCCGUUGAAGGUGCUGAAAUCUAUGACGUUCCACAUCGGCAAUGCCCCGAAGAUUUGAUGGCGAUUUAUACGUUUGAGAACGGUGCUCGCGUCUUUUUUGAAUCUGCCCGAACAGCGUUCGGAACUAUCGAUUUUCCCGGCAGUAAUCCGCGGUGCAACCUCGAUUUUUGGGGAACGAAAGGUAGGAUGUGGUGGAGAGAAAACGGUUCAUGGGGCUAUCAGUUUGAUGGUAUGGCACAGCACUUUGUUGAGAAGACCCACUUCGGUGAGGAUGACAAAUUCGGGCAACGCGCCUUUACUGAAGCGAUUGCGGCGUGGCUGGAUGACGAAAAUCAACCGCAUCGUAACAGAUUGGAGUAUGCGAUGCUCGGUUUUGAUCUGAUUAUGGCGGCGUAUCGCUCCGCUCUCAUCGGCGAACGGAUUGCGUGGCCCCCUAAACUCUCCGAUGAAGAGUGGGUGGAACUCAAAAAUAGGGUAACUGGCACCUAAAAUCAAAAGGAAUGGUUGUCAGCCGUUAGCAGUCGGAAACCGUCAGCAAAGAGGCUUUCUUGCUGAUGACUGACAGCCGACUGCCGACAGCCAAUACAAGGAACAUUAAAAAGAUAUGCUCAAUCAAACUCAGGUUGACACAUUUCGCGAAAAAGGCUUUCUUCUCGGAAACCGUGUUUUAAGUGAUGAACAAGUCGACGAGUUGCGUGAAGAAUUGGCGCGUGUUAUCGAUGACUAUGAAAAAGACGAGAUCGCGCAGCCGGUGCGCAUUGCCAAUCUCGGGGGUAAGGAAGAGAGUCCGGUGUGGCAAAUCGUUAAUAUUUGGGAGGCGAGUUCUGCCUACCACCGACUCGUUCACAAUCCAGUGAUUGUGGAAGAGAUUGGACAACUCAUGUCGGCGACAGAGUUGCGCGUCUGGCACGACCAGAUCCAAUACAAACCGCCGAAAGUCGGUGGAGUCAACAUGUGGCAUCAGGAUUCACCCUAUUGGCCGAUUCUUAUGCCGAAAACGAGUCAGGUAAGUGCUUGGGUUGCGUUGGACGAUGUUGAUGUAAGCAAUGGAUGUAUGCGUAUGGUCGCUGGCUCCUAUCAUUGGGGU